GUGGAGAGGGCACGAACUGGCACGGCCAUCUAUCAUCGAUCGGAGGCCAAUCAGCGUCAAGAAAAGUCAGGCUUGCUGGUAGUGGUGCUAUAGCAGAGCUCUCGCAAGCUGCCUCGGCGUUGAUUCCAUCUGCCCCGACAUCGGCAUGGCGGUGAGCUCCAAGAACACCCAGCACUCGCCCGCGGUCACCUUCCUCCUCGGGGCCAUCUCGGCCACCGCGGUGCUCGUCUUCUUCUUCACCGCCACCGCGGGUCCUGCGUGGCCCACGGCGGCGACGGAGCUCACUCCUCGGGGCAGCCAGGAGGUGGCUCGGUCGGCUUCUGCACCGGCGCCCAAGGCCUCUUCUACCACCAAUGCGACGGGCGGCGACGACGCGUUCGCGCGGAUGCUGCGGCGGGCGGCGAUGGAGGACCGGACGGUGAUCAUGACGUCGGUGAACGAGGCGUGGGCGGCGGAGGGGUCGCUGCUGGACUCGUUCCUCGAGAGCUUCCGCGUGGGGCUCAACAUCUCGCACCUGGUGAAGCACAUCGUGGUGGUGGCCAUGGACGAGGGCGCGCUCCGCCGGUGCCGCGCCGUGCACCCGCACUGCCACCUGCUGCUCCCGGACGUCGACGGCCUCGACCUCUCCGGCGCCAAGAGCUACAUGACCAAGGACUACCUCGACCUCGUCUGGAGCAAGCUCCGGCUCCAGCACCGCGUCCUCCUCCUCGGCUACAACCUACUCUUCACGGCACGUCGUCGCCAUUGCCAUUAUUUGUUUUUUCAAUCCUUUCUUUCCUUCUUUCGGGACGUCGAUCGACGUGCUCUCUUGAUCUCCGUUAGAAAUAAUCGUGCUGACAUCUCUCUACGGACCGAGGCGUUGACGAGGUGCGUGGGUGCAGGACGUGGACGUGGCGUGGUUCCGGGACCCGCGGGUGCACAUCACGGCGGCGGCAGACAUCACGACGUCGAGCGACUUCUACUUCGGCGACCCGGACGACCUGGGCAACUACCCAAACACGGGCUUCAUCUACUUCAAGGCCACGGCCCGGAACGCGCGCGCCAUGGCCUACUGGCACGCCGCCAGGGCGCGCUUCCCGGAGAACCACGACCAGUUCGUCUUCAACGAGAUCAAGCGGGAGCUGGCGGCGGCGCCCAUCGGCGUUCGGAUCAGGUUCGUCGACAGCAAGCACGUCAGCGGCUUCUGCCAGCUCGGGCGCGACCUCAACCGGAUCGCCACCGUGCACAUGACCUGCUGCAUCGGCCUGGAGAACAAGCUGCACGACCUCCGGCGCGUCGUGGAGGACUGGAGGCGCUACGUGUCGCGCCCGGAGUGGGAGCGCCGGGCCGGCAAGAUCGGCUGGAGGUUCCAAGGAGGCAAGUGCAUACAUUGAUUGCUUCAUUUGUUCAUUGAUGGGACCGAUCGGAAUUGUUCAUUGAGAGAAACCGAUGGUGCAUGGAAAAGAUUGCGAGCGAGCUUCCGGCCUGUCGUUGCUGUGUUUCGCCAUUCUGUUCAUAAUA